CACACAUCCUGUGAUCCAUGACCUUGCCAGCGCUGUACGCCGUGGCUGCCGUUAUCGUCGCCAUCAUUGUUGGCAUGUAUGUAGCUUGGAAGAAGUCCCAGUUCCUGUGGCCGUAUGUGUAUGUCACUUGCAGCGCGACAUUAACCACAGUGCUCGUCCAAGUCUGCACUACCCAUACCCUCGCACUGAUCUCAAUGUCGGCAGUGAUCACGAUCGGACUUGUCGUGACGUUCAGUGCGUGCGAGAGCCGCGUUGUGGUGCUCGUGUCUGCUUUGGUGGUUGUGGGAACCACCAUCGGCCCGACGUUGCCAGCGUUGGAGGUAUUCAUUCCGCUGGCUAUCGCCGGAACUCUCGUGAUCGUUGGCAGUACAGUGCUCACGACGACGCAUACCUCUGUGGGGCGGUUCUUUGUCGGGGCUGCCGCCCCCAUCGGAGUCAUCGACGCCCUGUAUGCACUAAUUUGGCAGGGCCAUCCGUCGCUUCUGGUCGCGUUUGCAGCCAGCGAUAUGACCCCCACUGACCUGGGGGUGGGCCUAGUCACGGUGGUCUUAGCUGCCAUCAGCGGCUUGGUGGUGCUGCGGCGAGUCUGUUGCCUGGACGUGGUGCCAGCGGUCACUGGCGGGUUUCUGGCGUCGCUAGCAGGCACAUCGUUCGUGUGGACGUUGCUCGACAUGUCUGUGCAAACGUUUGCCAUCGCACGGGCUCUAGGUGGUGUGGCAGUUUGCGGGCUGGGUUGGUAUUUUGGCCCAAGAAGCUCACCACAGUCAUCCACCACGUCACCGAUCGUCGGCUUGAAAACAGCAACGACUGCCUCCACAAAUAUGUGCACUGCCAGAGUCGUGUUGGCACCACCCACGCAAUACGCACUAAAUACCCCCACUGGUGACUUUGCACGGGAUCGCACCAACGUAGUCUAAGUCAUGAAGUAGUAGUUAGUUGUUAAUGAUCAAAAUAAUUUAGUUGCCCUGGUGGCUU